CCUGGAACUGGAGUUAGGGACAGUUGUUGGCCACCAUGUGGGUGCUAGGAACCUAACCUCGGUCCUGUGCAAGAGCAGCCAGUGCUCUUAACAGAGCAGAGAGAGCGAAGCAGGCUCUCCAACCCAGUUUUAUUUUUUAUUACAUUUAUGUGUGUGUGCACACGCAUGCACAUGCCACAGUACAUAUGUGUAAGUCAGUAGAAAACUUGCAGAAAUCAGUUCUCUCCUUUUAUCAGGAGGGUCCCAGGGAAAGAACUCGGGUGGUCCAGCUUUGCCCACUGAGUCAUCUAGCUGCUGGUGAGGAGCUUCUUUGUAGAAAGAGGACAGCGCCAGGCUCUCAGAUUUGUCAGGUGUCAGGGUGAUGCUCAGGGCUUCAGCUCAGCACAGGGCAGCCUUUACCAAGUCGGCCCCUUCCACACACUCGAGCCUGACCCUGGCCUGCCAGUCCCAGCUCACAGACACCAAAAACACUCCCAGUCUUCGCCCAACCAGGACCGACCUCCCAGCCGCACCCCAGUCCUUCGGAUUCCCGGCCCGCCUCUCGACGCAGAGGCUUCUGGGAAAUAUAGUUCUGACUCCCCGAAACACGCACUUCCGCGUUCGGCAGGCAGCGUAGCCAUUUGUGCGGCGUGUGGUAGCCGGUUGCGGCCGGGUUUCGCAGCCCCUCUCCGUCAGCCUCGAGGGGCCUUGCGGAUGCUGACUAGAGGUGGGGAUCAGACUAGCCCUCUAAGAGGCGGGUCGGACGCACCUCGUAACCCAAGUGGGAGGUUGUGACCCCGAGUUCAUCCCGCCGCAGCGUAGUGCACCGCUCAGGUUCAGCCCGGGCCGGCAGACGCCCAGCUCUGCACCUUGCCACACCUGGAGGAAAGCAUGGAAGGGCAAGAUGAGGAGGGCCUGGAGUCCCUGCAAACCUGUGUGCAGAACUUUGUUCUACCUCAAGAAAUGAUCAUUGAAGUUGAGGGAGACGAUGCCGGGACACUGGACAUCAUGCCCCAGAAAAAUCAAGUGGACAGUGAAGGAGGAGGACACCCAAUGUCAAGCUGGCCUCCACAGGAAAGUGCGGACUUCAAGAUUGUGACCGUGGACUUCACCGAGGAGGAACAGAGUACCUGGAACUCUGCCCAGAGAACCCCAGACAGAAAUGUGAUCCUGGAGGGCCACAGGGACCUGUGGGACUUGGCAAGUGUACAUGGAAUAGAAGAAUCAGCCCCAAAGCAGAGCAUUUUUGAUGAAGAACCAUCCCAUGCGGUGAAGAUAGAAGAAUUGUCAAGAGAUGAUCCUUGGCUCUCUUCAUGUGAAGAAUUUGGAGACUCUCAGGACCAGGUGGAGAAGCAAGGGAAAAAAAAAGAGGAAGUGGCCUUCACUCAAAGUACAGCUGGUAUUCAUGAGAGAGCCCCGCAAAGUGAUGAACUUGGGAAGAGUUGUCUGAGUUCCAGUCUCCUUUCAUUCCCCAUGAUACCUCUCAGAAACCAUUUUCAUAAACAGGUAGCACAUGCUAAAAGACUGCAUCAUAAUUUUAUUGCAAAUAGUCAACAGAAGAUUAGUGACAGUGCAAGUCUACAUGAAGAUGGCGACUGUGGAAAAGGCCCUCAGAGCAUUCAUCUUACUCAGUUUACAAGAACUCCAAAAGGAGACAAAUCCUAUGAAAUUAAUGGUAAUAUUCGGUCAGCUAGCCAUGGUACACCCAUAAAUCUACAUGAAAAAGUUCAUAUAGAAAGUAGAACCUUUGGUCUAAAGGGAUAUGGGGAAGUUUUGAACCAUGGCAUAUCUCUUAAUGAACAGCAGAGAGUUCCUGUUGGAGAGAACCAAUAUAAAUAUAGUAAAACUGUUCUCAGUCCAGCUCUUACCAAAUACAUGAGAAACUAUUCUGAAGAGAAACGUUUUGAAUGUAAGCAUUGUGGGAAAUCCUUUAGCUGGAGCUCACAUCUCAUUGCACAUCAAAGAACUCAUACAGGGGAGAAACCUUAUAAAUGCAAUCUAUGUGGAAAGUUCUUCACCCGGAGCUCACAUGUUGUUUCCCAUCAGAGAAUUCAUACUGGAGAGAAACCUUACAGAUGCAAUCAGUGUGGGAAAUCUUUUACCCAGAGAUAUGUGCUUGUGGUGCAUCAGAGAACUCAUACUGGGGAGAGGCCUUAUGAGUGCAACCAAUGUGGGAAGUCAUUCAGGCAGAGCUAUAAGCUUAUUGCACAUCAAAGAACUCACACUGGAGAGAAGCCAUAUGAAUGCAAUCAGUGUGGAAAAUCAUUUAUCCAGAGUUAUAAACUUAUUGCACAUCAGAAAAUUCAUUCUGGGGAAAAACCCUAUGAAUGCAGUCAUUGUGGGAAGUCCUUCAGUCAAAGUUAUAAACUUGUUGCUCAUGAGAGAACUCACACUGGAGAAAAACCUUUUGAAUGUAAUUAUUGUGGGAAAUCAUUCAGCUGGAGCUCUCAGUUGGUAUCACAUCAAAGAACACACACAGGAGAGAAACCUUACGAAUGUAAUGAGUGUGGGAAAGCCUUCAACCGCAGUUCACACCUUGUUAUGCAUCAGAGAACUCACACUGGAGAAAAGCCCUAUCAGUGUAAACAGUGUGGGAAGUCCUUCAGCCAGAGCUAUGUUCUUGUUGUGCAUCAGAGAACGCACACUGGAGAAAAGCCUUAUGAGUGCAACCAGUGUGGGAAAACGUUCAGACAGAGCUCUUGCUUUACUCAGCAUCAGAGAACUCACACUGGAGAGAAACCCUAUGAAUGUAAUCAGUGUGGGAAAACGUUCAGCUUGAGUGCCCGACUUAUUGUGCAUCAACGAACUCAUACUGGGGAAAAGCCCUAUAAAUGUAGCCAGUGUGGGAAAGCUUUCAUUAGUAGUUCUAAGCGCAGUAGACAUCAGGCUACUCAUAAUGAUGAGAAAUCCUGUAAGUACAAGUAAUAGAAUACUUUAGCUGGAAUUUGUUGCUGUUACCCUCUUUAAAAAGGGAUGAAUUUAGUGGAAAUGUAAAAUGAAUGUGCACUGAGUACCUUUUGAUUAUCUCUGUUUUACUGAUAGAAAUAGAAAGGCAGUUUCCUAAUUUUUGACAGAUAAGAAUAUGCGGACUCUGGAAGAAAAAAAAUGUUACAUACUGGCAUAGGUGGUUUCUUGGUGAGAUAACAGCAGGGGCCUUAAGCAUAGAAAAAGGUUAUCUGUAAGCUAGUAGAAGUGGCUUCCCAGUGACAGGUUGGGUAGAAGCUGUACCCAAAAAACUGAAGCGCAAAAGCUGUUACUUUAGCUCAGAAGCCUUCCUUGAACUUGAAUACUGGAGCCUGACAGCUCAGCUUCUCUGUUACUAAAGUGAAUUCUCUGUAAAUUUGAAUGAGGUGUUUCUUCUUAAAAACUCUGACUUAAGAUUAUAGUUGACCAACUGCCUUUGCUCUCCAAUAAUGACUGACUACUAGCCCUUGCUCUUCUGAAAUCCUGGUUCUUCUCUACCACUUGUAUUGACUGGGGAGGUUCUUCCUGAUCCUGUGUGCUCCUACCCAACCAAAGUCCCCACUCCUAUUCAGUUCAAACAGACAGAGCCUCUCAACUCAAUUCUUAGUUUAUGUAUAGGCUUGAGCCAUUCCGGCUCCUCAAGAGGCAUAAAGUGGGUUCCAGCCACAGCUAAACUGUCGAGUCACUUUGGAGUUCCUACCUUUUUGUUCCAGAGAGCUGCUUUUCUACCUCAGUAAAACUUUACUCUUCUGUCCUCAUUCAUCAUUCUUUCCAUCCCAAGACAACAAACCUGGAGCCACUGACUCAAGGAUGAUUUGGGUGGCCAUUGAGUUUUCAGGGCUCUGUUUCUCUGAACUAAUCUUGUCUGAGCCAAGAAAUGGCUUUGUCACACUUAAAGCUCUUUACACAGCAUUUCCAUGUAUCUGGAAAUACAUUCUGAAGAAGGGGAGAGGCCGAUAACUAUGAACUGCGUAUUUUAACUUUGGAAUUUAACGUGCAGAAUCAGUCUUGCCCCCGCAUGGAUGUGGACACCCAGAAUCCCAUCCAUAAGAAGGCUGAGUCCAGAGGAUUAUGAGUUAAAGACAAGCCUGGACUACAUAGUAGGACCCUGUCUUUGAAAAAUGAAAGAAAAAAACCUUCCCUUAAUGAACAUUGCUGCAAACGUAAGAAGCUUUGGUACUUUUCCCUGCAAAAAGCAUUCAGCUCUGAAUCAUGGAAAAUUAAACUUGACAGCCUUUUCUAAAAAGAGUCUAUGAAAUGUUGACACUGGUGACCUGCAGGAACUUGGGCAGGAAAAUACUUUACCCUAUCAAAGUCUACAUGUAAUUUCCCUAUUGGGUAGUUUGUAAUCUAUUUUGUUCUGCACUUUCUGUUCUGACUGAGUAUUUUCUACAAAUAAGGUAAAUGGCUGUGUAAUGAAAUUUGAAAAAUGAAAAUAAUGUAGAACUAUUCAUUUCCAGAAACAUUGUGAUGAAAUGUUAGGGUAUGGAUUAAAAUAAAAAAGGAUUAUGGUUCUCUA